GACGAACAUCUACGAAAUUGAAACACACACACACGAGAAACAGAUCUUACCUAUACGACCUCUUCCUUUGUCUUUCCCCUUUCAACAUUCAACAAUAUUUUCAAACCAAGUCCGCAAACAAACCUCUUUCUAAUUCCAAAUUCACAUGAUUCCUCUUCGUUACUAUUCCCUAUGUCUCCUUCUCUUCCUCCUCUUACUCUCCACCUCCCUCUCACAAUCCCAUCGCUCUGCCAAGAAAAAACGCAUGCGAGAAAAAGUUCGAAAUAUGUUUCACCAUGCCUAUGACAACUAUAUGACUCAUGCGUUUCCGCAUGAUGAGUUAAAACCUCUCACUAAAACUUUCACUGACUCCCUAGUGGAGCUGGGGAAUUUGAAGCUUGAACGUUUGCCUCAAGAUUAUAAUGGCUCUGCGCUUUCGCUAAUUGAAUCAUUGUCUAGUCUUGUGAUUAUGGGAAAUAAUACUGAAUUCGAGAAGGGAGUGCGUUGGCUUUCGGAAAAUCUAACAUUUGACGUUGACGCUCGAAUAAAUCUUUUUGAGUGCAACAUUAGGGUUCUUGGAGGACUUGUUUCUGCUCAUUUACUGGCAUCUGAUUCUUCAAAAAACUUGCUUAAAGGAUCUUACAAGAAUCAGCUUCUAGGUCUGGCUGAAGAUUUGGGGAAACGUUUUCUACCAGCGUUCAAUACGCCAACUGGAUUACCAUAUGCAUGGAUUAACUUAAAGUAUGGAGUAAUGGAGAAUGAGACUACAGAAACAAGCACUUCAGGGUGUGGUUCUCUGAUUCUUGAAAUGGGUGCUUUAUCACUAUUGACUGGUGACCCUAGAUAUGAAUCUGUAGCUCUACGAGCUCUCCGUAAGCUAUGGAGUAUGCAGAGCUCAUUAAAAUUGUUUGGAACCACUCUUGAUGUGUCAACUGGGAAAUGGAUCGAACAUUCUGCAGGAAUUGGAGCUGGGGUAGAUUCCUUCUAUGAAUACCUACUUAAAGCUCAUAUUCUUUUUGGAAAGGAGGACUAUUGGAGAAUGUUUCAUUCUGCUUAUGUUGCUGUACAGAAGCAUUUCAGACACGGUCCCUGGUACCAUGAAGCUGAUAUGAGGACCGGAAGAGCAACUUAUUGGCAGCUUACAAGUCUUCAAGCAUUUUGGCCAGGCCUACAGGUUCUUAUUGGGGAUAUACAUGCUGCUAAUUCAUCUCACCGUGAGUUCUUCCAUGUGUGGAAGCAAUUUGGAGUGUUACCGGAGAGGUACUUACUGGACCAUCAGAUGCUUCAUCCUACUGAAAAAUAUUAUCCAUUACGCCCCGAGUUUGCCGAGUCAACAUUCUACUUAUAUCAAGCUACUAAAGAUCCAUGGUAUAUUGAAGUCGGCGAAUUAAUAGUCAAUUCCCUUAAUUUAUACGCCAGAGUAGAAGGUGGGUUUGCAAGCAUCAAGGAUGUGACAACUAUGCAGUUGGAAGAUCAUCAACAUAGUUUUUUUCUUGCUGAAACGUGUAAAUAUUUGUAUCUUCUCUUCGAUGAUUCAUUUAUGCUCGAGAAUAAUUAUGUGUUUACCACCGAAGGUCAUCCCCUUCCAGUACUAAGCACUUGGCAUGAAGAGCUUCCAGAAGCUUAUGUUCCAACCAAUUGGACCAACCUGAAGAGACCGAAUCGAGCCAGUGCGAUGUCUUUGCAAGUAUGUCCUGCUAUGACUUUAGAUUCUGGUCAACAUAUAGAAAGUGCUUGCCACGUCCCCGAUGUUCGCAGUGAUUACAAGUGUUUGACAGAUGAAGAUUGUGGAGUUGAUGCAGUAACAUGCAGAAGAAGAUCAUGUAGCAUGGCAGGUUAUUGUGGACUAUGGCUCUUCCUUUGAUACCACGUUUAGACAAUUUUCUUUUUAGGAACAAAAAGUGUAAGUGAGAAGUGUGUUAUAAAGAGAUAAAAUUCAAAUAUUACAGGGUUUAGAAUAAAUUUGUAGGCACAGAAUUUAUCUGGUUUUUUUAGAAGGUUUUAGCUUUUAUUUUGACGUAUGCUUUGAUAGGAGAAGAGAUGGGAGAAAAAAGAGGUCACUGUAUUUUGCUGUGAUAUUAUGUUAUUUAAUUUGAUUCAUUUGAAAA